AUGCCGAGCUUGCUUAGCGCACCGUUGUUUGGGUACGUUGAUCGGAAUGAUCCGAUCUAUCAGAAUACGAGACGGUUCGUGUUGAGUAGGGAGAAUCCGUACUAUAUGGUUGGGCCGGUGCUGAACGGAACCGGUGGGCCACAUGUAGGCCCUGGAAUGGCCUGGCCCAUGAGCUUGAACGUCCAGAUCAUGACUUCGGAUGACGAUGCCGAGAUUGUCAACUGCCUCCAACAGAUCCUGUCGGCAACCGAUGGGUUAGGGUUGAUUCAUGAGUCGAUCAGCUCCAAGAGUGCUUCGAUAUUGGACGAGACAAUGACGGCCUCUUUGGACAAAUGA